AUGGACGAUGAGAGAGCGGGAGGAGGGGUCAGGCGAACACUCUGGCAUCUGGGCGCCACGAGCGGGUCAUGUGCGAGACCACGACGUGACGACGAUCCCACCUCUACGCUGCCAGCAGUUGCUCGGUGCUUAGACGUGACGGCAAAUCGUGCAGGACGACGCAUUGUCGAACGGCGUCAACUGAUAUUAAUAACAGCGGAAAUCCGACGUGUCGAGCUCCAGUGCAAGGUGAUUGUCACGUCGUUGGAACAGACACAAGCGAGUUGUGCCGGUCCAGCAGGGAACUAA